UUUUCCUCGGGGAUAAAUAGCACGUAGUCAUAGUUUGGGAGACAUUUGGUGCUAUAUGAUACUUUUCGUAGGGAAAUAGUAUUUGGAAUUUUUAUGCCCUUGCUGCUGCACUGCCCCCACCCACUAUAAUCCUUAUUUGGAUGCAUUCGACCAUGUCCUUUGGCUUUUCAGUAAAGCGAUAUUGUUUUUAUUUUUCUGCAGGCAGAUUAAGUGUUCGUUGAAAUGUCUGACUGAACCCAUCUCCUACUAUGUUAUAGCCGCUGCUUCCAUUUGGUGAAGAAGAUUCACUUAGCUUUUCCACAAAAGUCCCCACCUUUUCAGGCUAUCUCCGCUUAAAAGUUAAAGCUGGAGUUUUUUAAUAGGCCAUGCGGUUACUGCUUCGAUCUCUUGAAGCAUUUCCUGUAACUCUUUUGGUUUCUCCAUCUCCUGGGAACUGAUAAGGAGAAAGCUACUUUGUGGUAAUUUAAAAAAAAACAAAUGGGAUUUGGAGUUGGUGGAGGUAGUAGAAUGUUGGAUUUGAGGAUGGUUCAAAGCCACAAGCGUUCAAAAAGUGCCAGCUUUCCAGAAAAGAAAAGAGCUGAGGGAGAUCAACCUUCUUCGAAUACUUCUUUUGAAGCCUCUCAACGCAUCAAGCUGGACAUGGGUCGUUCAAAUGAAUCAGCCAAAGACAAGCCUAAUCAGUAUCACUCAAUCACCGAAACUUCAUUGAAGCAAGAGAUUGACCAGCUCGAGACAAGACUACAAGAUCAGUUUAAGGUUCGUUGUGCAUUUGAAAAGGCAUUAGGUUAUCCAACAGCUUCUUCGUAUAUGUUGUCUGAAUCAAACGACAUUCCUAUGCCCAAGCAAGCUAUUAAUUUGAUCAAAGACAUUGCUGUUCUGGAGAUGGAAGUUAUACAUUUGGAACAAUAUCUUCUUUCAUUAUAUCGAAAAGCCUUUGACCAGCAAAUCUCUACUGUAUCCCCAAAUCAAGAGAAGGAGAAGCCGAAGCCUCCUCCUGCGACAACCCCUAGAAGGCGUUUAGGCUUUUCUGAAGAAGAUGAUCCCCUGCUUGAUGAUGACGAUCAAAAUCAACCAAAGGAAACCCAAAUGGAGUCAAGUUUUCACCGUAGCCACUCGCAGCGUUCAUCAUUUGAGAGUAGAAAAGCAUCUCCAGAAGAGUCUUGGAGUAAAGCCACCCGCUCUUGCCACUCCCAGCCGCUGUAUGCGCAGAAGGGAGAGAAUCUAAUCAGUCUAGCUGAACAUCUCGGCACUCGAAUCUCAGAUCAUGUUCCAGAGACGCCCAACAAGUUGUCUGAAGGGAUGGUCAAGUGUAUGUCAGAGAUAUACUGCAAGCUCGCAGAGCCAGCACCUUCUGUACUACUACAUGAAGGACUUUCAUCGCCAAACUCGUCUUUAUCAUCAAGGAGUGCUUUCUCGCCCUCCGAUCAAUACGAUACAUCGAGCCCUGGAUUAGGAAACAACAACUCCUCCUCGUUCGAUGUACGUUUAGACCACUCUUUCAAUGCACAAGGAGAAAAGGAGGACUUCAGUGGACCUUACAGCAACAUGGUUGAAGUGCUUUGCAUUUACAGAGACACCAAAAAGGCCAGUGAGGUCGAAGAUCUUCUUCAAAACUUCAAGUCGCUUAUCAGUAGGUUAGAGGAAGUCGAUCCAAGUAAGUUGAAGCAUGAGGAGAAGCUGGCGUUCUGGAUAAAUGUGCACAAUGCACUUGUGAUGCAUGCCUAUUUAGCAUAUGGGAUUCCACAGAACAAUGUGAAGAGAGUGCUUCUGCUACUCAAGGCUGCAUAUAACGUUGGUGGACACACGGUUAGCGCGGAAGCAAUACAAAGCUCAAUUCUUGGUUGCAAAAUGUCUCAUCCUGGACAGUGGAUUAGAUUGCUAUUUGCUUCAAAGAAGUUCAAAGCAGGAGAUGAAAGAUUAGCUUUCGCAAUCGAUCAUCCAGAACCUCUCCUACAUUUUGCACUUGCUUCAGGCAGCCACUCCGAUCCCCCGGUUCGUGUAUAUACACCGAAGAAGAUCCAGCAAGAGCUAGAAACGUCGAAAGAAGACUACAUAAGAAUGAACCUAGGCUUACGCAAUCAGAAAGUUCAACUGCCAAAGCUUGUGGAGACGUUUGCGAAAGAGUCCGGUUUAUGUUCGGCGGGUUUGAGGGAGAUGGUUAACCGGAGUAUACCGGAAUCUUCGAGAAAAUGUUUUAAGAGGUGUCAAUCUGGUAGUGGUAAAUCACGCAAGGCCAUUGACUGGAUCCCUCACAGCUUUACAUUCAGAUAUCUUAUUUUUAGAGAAGCUGCCAAAUGAAACAAAUUAUUCAUUCAUAUAAAUGUGUGUCAGUGUGUAUAUAUAAAAGAUCGUUGUCUAUGAUUGUCCCCAUCUUUUAAUCAUAAUAAUGUUCUGUUUCGUCUGGAUGAUUGGAUCUUCUUGUUU